AAUUUCCCCUGCAGGAUAUAUAAAUCGUGAACAUGAUGGGACUUCGUUACUGCUGCAGUUUGGUGACUUUGUGCAUUCUCUUUUUGAUCACUGUUGUUAUAAUGAACUUCCAGGCGGCUCUAUUCGUCACACUUGUGGGUAUUGUGGUAUCUGCCCCAAUCUCUGACAAACUGGACAUUAUGAGCAAGGACACUAUUGAACAGGCUCACAGUUUAAUCAACAAAAUUCUACAAGACAUUCCUACAACUCAUGCAGUCUGGAUAAACAACACGAGUCUGACCUUGGGCGACAGCAAGACUAGGCUGGAGUUGGAGUUCUUGAAGAAAGAUAUGCAUAUACCCUAUGCCCCAGUUCUUCAGAUUGUCUCCAAUAAAUUCAGCAUGGAAACCUGCCUUGCAAAUAUAACGAAGGGACUGCAACUGCAUAUGAAUCUCUUAAAAGAGGUCAGUAAAACAACCAAACUGCCUCAGACAGAACGAGUGAUAGACCUUCAAGCUCAAAUUCAAGAACUUCUGGACCUAAUUGAAGAGUUGCAGAACCAGGCAGGAUUUGACACAUCAACGCAGGCAACAGAUGAGCAGUCGCAUGAUCUGGUCAGUCGUCUGACAAAUAAAUACUUGGCCCAGGUGGCAGCCCACCUCACCCUGCAACAGCUUCAGGACUUCAGCUGUGACAUCCUCUGCAGUAUUCGCAGUAUGACCUCCAGCUGGGCAGAGAACUCUAAACUGUGCAGCUCUGCGUAAAUGCAGCAGCUCUAUGAGCAGCCUAGACUGUAAAGCCCAAAGUAUACCUGAGUUUUGACACAUGGCCUUUCAAAAUAUACUUAUAGCCUAACAAAAAUCGACUUCCCAAUGGAAAAAAUUAAUCUG